GAACAGUCUGCACUACACGACAAAAUAAGCUGCUGCUCACAGCCUGACACUCCCAUAUUUUCUCUUCCCUCGACUGAUUCAUUCAUCAUUCUCCUCAAAUUACACAAAUCUCAUUCACCUCUACCUCAACCUCAACAAUGGUGUCUAAUUACUUACUUCUCGAGGAACCUUUGAGGAUGUCCUCCAUUCUCGAGCCCUCCACAACACCUCAUUUCUUCCCGGCAAUGACAAAAAUUAUGGGGACAUUGGGGCUUAAUUCAAGGUCUGUGGAGGUUAUUUCAGGCUGUCUUAAUGCUGGGAUGUCUGUUGCACGAUUUGAUUUCUCGUGGGGUGAUCAAAAUUUCCACCAAGAAACCUUGGAGAACUUGAAGGUGUCCAUCAAGAACACGAAAAAGCUCUGUGCAGUCAUGCUCGACACAGGUGGGCCGGAGUUGCUGAUUGUCAACAAAACAGAGCGGCCUAUUUCACUUUCUGAAGGCUCUUUGGUCACACUAACACCAGAUCAAGAUAAAGAAGCCACUCCAGAUUUACUUCCGAUUAAUUUCAAUGGAUUGUCCAAGGCAGUGAGAAAGGGCGAUGACAUUUUCAUUGGUCAGUACUUGUUCACAGGACGAGAGACAACUUCUGUUUGGCUCGAGGUGUCGGAGGUGAAAGAUGAAAAUGUUGUUUGUAUGAUCAAGAAUUCUGCUACAUUGUCCGGAGCAUUGUACACUCUACACAUUUCUCGGAUCCACAUUGACCUCCCGACUCUCACCAAUAAAGAUAAGGAGGUUAUAAGCACUUGGGGGGUUCAAAACAAGAUUGACUUCCUUUCACUUUCUUACACUCGCUGCGCCGAUGAUGUUAGACAGGCGCGUGAAUUUUUAUCGAAAGUGGGCAACAACCUCAACCGGACACAAAUUUUUGCCAAGAUUGAGAAUGUGGAGGGACUAAUCCGUCUUGAUGAGAUUCUUGAAGAAGCAGAUGGCGUAAUUCUUGCUCGUGGGAAUCUCGGAAUAGAUCUCCCACCAGAAAAGGUGUUUUUAUAUCAAAAAGAAGCCAUAUACAAAUGCAAUGUGGCUGGGAAGCCUGCAGUGAUUACUCGUGUUGUUGAUAGCAUGACCGACAACUUAAGGCCGACUCGUGCCGAGGCUACUGAUGUUGCUAAUGCUGUACUUGAUGGGUGCGACGCAAUUCUCUUAGGUGCAGAAACUCUCCGUGGAUCAAAUCCAGUCGAGACCAUCUCAACUGUUGGUAAAAUCUGUGCUGAGGCAGAAAAGGUGUACAAUCAUGAUCUUUAUUUCAAGAAGAUUUUCAAGGACGCGGCCGAACCACCAUUGGCUCAUCUAGAAUCUCUAGCUUCUUCAGCAGUUCGUGCUGCCAUCAAAGUGAGUGCAUCGGUCAUUAUAUGUUUCACUUCUUCUGGAAGAGCAGCGAGAUUAAUAGCUAAGUAUAAACCAACAAUGCCAGUAUUAUCUGUCUUCAUUCCAAAGCUGAAGACGAAUCAGCUCCGCUGGACAUUUAGUGGUGGCUUUGAGGCUAGGCAGUCCCUAAUAGUCCGAGGAAUUUUUCCCAUACUCGCAGAUCCUAGGAAGCCGCUGGAAUUGAUGAGCGCAAUAAAUGAACCGGCAUUAAGAGUUGCUUUGGAUUAUGGGCGGGCCUCGGGCUUUAUAAAACAACACGAUCGUGUCGUGGUUUUCCAGAAAGUUGGGGAUGCAUCAGUCGUGAAGAUUGUAGAGCUUGAGGAUUAGGCAAAUUGGCUUCACUUUGAGCGGAUAUAUCAUAUAUGGCUACUACAACUUGUCUAAAUAUAUUUACUUGUGUUAGUUACGUUCUAUCUUUGGCUACUUCACAGAACUAUAUAUAUAUAUAUAUGUGUGUGUUUGGGAACUGGUAUGGUCCCAAUAUUAUAAAAAGAUUAGGAUUAUUCUGAAUUUUUGUUGGCUCGUUCGAUCAUUUUUAUUGUUAAUCCAACACUUAUGUUAA